CUGACAGUCGCUCCAUAGUCAGUAGAGAGUAGUAGACAUAGUAAACUGCUUAGAAGUCACUGACAAGUCCACACCUGCCUCCUGAAGAGUGUUUCUGGUCUGUCGGAGAGAUGUUUCUUGGUUUUUCUUCAUUAUGAAAACCACAUCACCAUGAACAUGUACAAGAGGAGACCUGUUUUGUGAGAUGGACGCAUAAUUAACCAUACAGUACCCCGGGAUCUUUUUUCUGAACAGCCAGCAUGAGUGCUCACCCACUACACCGUGCUCUGGUGCCUGGAAGAUGUAGAAACAACUUGUUGAUCAAGACACUACUUUUAAUUUCUAUCUUUGCUGUUUCUUCUUGUAUUUAUUUUUCUAGAACUUACAACUGGACAACCCUGAUGAUGUUAUUGGACCCUCUGUCCCCAAACAAGAACCAUCUGUCCCCCAACAACAAGCACCCUCUGGCCCCCAAAAAUGUGGAUCCGCUAUCCCCCAACAAUAAGCACCCUCUGGUGCCCAACGAGGACCUUCUGUCCCUAAACAACAAAGAUAACAUAUCCCCAAAAAACAAGAACAAGAAUCUAUCCCUCAACAAGGACCCUCUGUCCCUAAACAACAUGGAUCCUCUGUACCCCAACAACAAGAACCUUCUGUCCCCCAACAUUGAGCAUCUGUCCCCCAACAACAAGAACCUUCUGUCUCCCAACAAGGACUAUCUGUCCCCUAACAAGGACCCACUGUCCCCCAUCGAGAACCAUCUGUCCCCCAACAAAGAAGCUCCGUCCCCCAACAACAAGCACCCUCUGGCCCCCAACGAGGACCUUCUGUCCCCAAACAACAAAGAUAACAUAUCCCCAAAAAACAAGAACCAUCUAUCCCUCAAAACCAAGGACCCGCUGUCCCUAAACAACAUGGGUCCUCUGUCCCCCAACAAGAACCUUCUGUCCCCCAACAAGGAGCAUCUGUCCCCCAACAACAAGAAGCUUAUGUCCCCCAAAAAGGAUCCUUUGUCCCGAAACAACAUGGAUCCUCUGUCCCCCAACAAGAAGAACCCUCUGGCCCCCAACGAGGACCUUCUGUCCCCAAACAACAAAGAGAACAUAUCCCCAAAAAACAAGAACCAUCUAUCCCUCAACACCAAGGACCCGCUGUCCCUAAACAACAUGGGUCCUCUGUCCCCCAACAAGAACCUUCUGUCCCCCGACAAUGAGCAUCUGUCCCCCAACAACAAGGACCCUCUUUCCCCCAUCAAAGACCAUCUGUCCCCCAACAAGAAGGACCCACUGUCUCCCAACAAGCACCCACUGUCCCCCAACAAGCACCCUCUGGUCCCCAAAAAUAUGGAUCCACUAUCCCCCAACAACAAGUACUCUCUGUCCCCCAACAAGAACUCUCUGUCCCCAAACAACAAAGAUAAUAUAUCCCUCAAAAACAAGGACCCUUUGUCCCCCAAGAACAAAUACUUUCUGUCCUCCAACAGGGACCCCCUGUCCCCCAACAACAAGGACCCUCUGUCCCUAAACAUGGAUCCUCUGACCUCCAACAACAAGAACCUUCUGUCCCCCAAAAAGGAUCCUUUGUCCCGAAACAACAUGGAUCCUCUGUCCCCCAACAAGAAGAACCUUCUGUCUCCCAACAAGGACUAUCUGUCCCCCAAGAACAAGGGCUUUCUGUUCUCCAACAGAGACCAUCUGUCCCCUAACAAGUACCCACUGUCCCUAAACAACAUGGAUCCUCUGUACCCCAACAACAAGAACCUUCUGUCCCCCAACAUUGAGCAUCUGUCCCCCAACAACAAGGACCCUUUGUCCCCCAACAACAAGGACCCUCUGUCCCUAAACAACAUGGAUCCUCUGUCCCCCAACAAGAAGAACCCUCUGUCCCCAAACAAGGACCAUCUGUCCCCCAACAACAAGGACCCACUGUCCCCCAUCGAGAACCAUCUGUCCCCCAACAAGAAGCAACCUCUGGCCCCAAAAAAUGUGGAUCCGCUAUCCCCCAACAAGAAGCACCUUCUGGUGCCCAAUGAGGACCUUCUGUCCCCAAACAACAAAGAUAAGAUAUCCCCAAAAAACAAGAACAAGAAUCUAUCCCUCAACAACAAGGACCCUCUGUCCCUAAACAUGGAUCCUCUGACCUCCAACAACAAGAACCUUCUGUCCCCCAACAAUGAGCAUCUGUCCCCCAACAAGAAGAAGCUUAUGUCCCCCAACAAGAACCUUCUGUCCCCCAACAAGGAUCCUUUGUCCCCCAAAAACAUGGAUCCUCUGCCCCCCAACAAGAAGAACCUUCUGUCUCCCAACAAGGACUAUCUGUCCCCCAAGAACAAGGACUUUCUGUUCUCCAACAGGGACCAUCUGUCCCCUAAUAAGGACCCUCUGUCCCUAAACAACAUGGAUCCUCUGUCCCCCAACAACAAGAACCGCCUGUCCCCCAACAAUGAGCAUCUGUCCCCCAACAACAAGAACCUUCUGUCCCCCAACAAGGAUCCUUUGUCCCCCAACAACAAGGACCCUCUGUCCCUAAACAACAUGGAUCCUCUGUCCCCCAACAAGAAGAACCUUCUGUCUCCCAACAAGGACUAUCUGUCUCCCAACAAGAACCUUCUGUCUCCCAACAAGGACCAUCUGUCCCCCAACAAAGAAGCUCUGUCCCCCAACAACAAGCACCCUCUGGCCCCCAACGAGGACCUUCUGUCCCCAAACAACAAAGAUAACAUAUCCCCAAAAAACAAGAACCAUCUAUCCCUCAACAAGAACCCGCUGUCCCUAAACAACAUGGGUCCUCUGUCCCCCAACAAGAACCUUCUGUCCCCCAACAAUGAGCAUCUGUCCCCCAACAACAAGAACCCUCUUUCCCCCACCAAAGACCAUCUGUCCCCCAACAAGAAGGACCCACUGUCUCCCAACAAGCACCCACUGUCCCCCAACAAGCACCCUCUGGUCCCCAAGAAUAUGGAUCCGCUAUCCCCCAACAACAAGUACUCUCUGGCUCCCAACGAGAACCUUCUGUCCUCCAACAAGGACUCUCUGUCCCCCAACAAGGACAAUAUGUUUCCCAACAGCCUGCAGCUGAAUCAGGAGCCUGAAGUGAAACUGAAUGUAACUGGAACUCCAUUCAGAGAGAUGUCUGUGGAUGACAUAAUGCAUUCAAUAUUGGACAAUCUCCCUAAAGUUGGCAACUUCAGCUCUAUCGAAAACUCAUCCAGUGGCCAACACAGUGUGGUCAACCUGGAGCAGCCCAGAGCCCAGUACUGUGUGGGGGACACCUUGAGCGUGCAGGUGAACAUGAAGGACUACAGGGGGAACCCAAAAGCGCAUGGAGGCGACUUCAUCCUGGCCCGGAUCCACUCUCCCAAACUCCAGGCUUCUGCAUCAGGACAAGUCACUGACCUGCUCAAUGGCUCCUACCGUGUGAGUUUCCACCUGUUCUGGCCUGGAGACGUACUGGUGUCUGUGAUUCUCAUACACUCCUCUGAGGCAGUUGGGAUCCUCAGGAGAAUCCGUGCACACAACUAUGAUAAGCUGAUAUACACCGGAGUCUUCUUUAGUGGUAACAAAAUGGAGGGAUCUCAGUGUGGCGUCCGGCUCAAAUCGGACAAGCCCCUCUGCGAGUACAGGAAGAAGGAAGAUGCGGAGUACUACGCCUGCAUCCCACCCAAAACCCUUCCCUGCAGCACCCUGAGGAUCCUGCGCUCAAGAAACGCCCCAAUUUCUAACAUGACCAAUGAUGAGCAUUUUCUCCUGAGCCGUAACAACACCGGAAUACCAAUGAAUAACAGCUUUGGUCCUGUGAAAGUCAUCAGUUGUCCCGCGGGAACCCACAGACCAACUGAAAAGUGCAUGGUGGGAUUUGGAAUGAAGUCCCCUUUACCGACUGGCUACUUCUUUAAAAACAGAUGGUCUUCCUCCUCCUGCCAGACUGGCAGCUUCUUCAUGGCAGACGCCAUUAAGAGAUGCCUGAAGGACAAGAUGCUGAAAUUCAUGGGAGACUCCACUGUGCGUCAGUGGCAAGAGACACUCAACCUAACACUGAAAGGUCUGAAAUAUGGGGAACCAUAUGACCGUCACAUAACUGCCCUGGCUGUGGACCCAGUAAUGAACAUCACUUUUCAGUGGAAAAUGCACGGCCAUCCUUUUGUCAGUGGCUACAACAUGGUUAAUGAUGUGUGUGGAUACAUUUCCAGAGAAUUAGACCGAGUAACCAUUGUUGAUGUGGUGGUCAUUGGAGUGGGACAGCAUUUCAGGCCCUUUCCCCUGGAGAUCUUCAUCCAGAGGCUGAUCAACAUGCGGAAGGCCAUCCUGAGGCUCCAGGAACGUAGCCCCCAGACCCUCGUCGUCAUCAAGCUGGAGAACACCAGGGAGUUCGAUUCAGAGAUGACUCACCUGAGUGACUGGUAUGGCUAUGAGCAGAACCUGGCUCAGAAAAAGGUAUUCGGGGACCUGAAGGUGGUGCUGGUAGAUGCCUGGGACAUUACGACAGCGGCUAACACCUUUGGCGUCCACCCCAACCACAUUGUUGUUUCCAGUGAGAUAUCUCUGGCUCUGUCACACCUCUGCCAUGAUGCAUAGAGGGCUUCCUGUUUCAAACUCCAUUUAGAUUAGAUAUAUUUAUCUCGUCUGUUUCUAGAGAAAUGUCUUUGCAUACAAAAAAUACAUCCAAUGAUUUCUGUAGACUGUUUAAAGCACUUGGGGGCACUAUAAACGUUGCAUUUUAAGGUUUUUAAUGGGCGGUUUUUAACUGGUUUUUUAAUCAUUGUUUAUUCAACAUUCUAACAUUCAAUAAAUAUUCUCCCAUUUCAUUCAAUAUUCUCUGCAUGACAGCCUAUUACCUUACAUUAAUGGCAUUUGACAGACACUCUUAUCCAGAGCAAUGUACACAAAAGUGCAAAGUGCAUACCCAUAAUAUGGGAUAAGUGUGCUAAAAGACCCGAGAGGGAAGUACAAUUUCACCUGCUACCUGCACAACAAAGAUAACUUCAUGAUAUUAAAUGAUAUUAUUAUUCUUUGUAAUUAUUAAGUAAGUAAUUAUUUUAUGUUCACACUCAUUGUAUGCCCGUAGUCAUACUUAACAACAAGCACAACUUGCACUGAGUAAAUCCCUGCACUGUUUACUCUGUACU